AUUCCAGGAAAGCACAAGGGAGGCCGUCGGCACUUCACCAACUUCGAAGCUUUGGAAGAGCAGAAGAAGAAGGAGGAGAAAGAGCGACAAUGGAGAAGGGAGCAGGGAGAGACUGACAGUGAAGAGGAGGAGGAGGAGCAGAAGAGUUCUGGCAGUGAAGAAUCCUCUUCUGAAGAGGAAUCUGGCAGUGAGGGAGAAGCAAAGGAGCAGAAAGCCAAGGGCGUUUCCAACCUCAUUGAAACACAGAACCCUAACAGAGUUGUGGCCAAACUGAAGAAGGUUGCAACACUCAGCGUGGCUGCCUCAGGAGGCGGCAAACCCCAGCUGUCCCGUCGAGAGAGGGAAGAGAUUGAGAAGCAGAGAGCUACAGCACAUUAUCGGAAAAUGCACGCUGAAGGGAAGACCGAGGAGGCCAGGGCAGAUCUGGCACGACUUGCUCUCAUAAGACAGCAGCGAGAGGAGGCUGCCAAAAAGAAAGAAGAGGAACGAAAAGCAAAAGAAGAGGCAGCAGCAGCUAAGAAAGAACAGCUUGCAAAGGUCCUCAAUAAGAAGAAAAGCUGAUCAUAUUCUUGGGCUAGAUACUUGUCUUGUAUAGAUAGCUGCGGCCGUCACACAUCAUGCCAAGUGACUCUGCACGCAUCCAACUGGACUUUUUGAAUGUGCGUGUAUGAGAAUUUAGAAGGAAUUUUUUUGUUUCAAAUUUUUUUGCAUAUUUACUUUCAGUAAACCAUACAGUGUGCUGAGUCAAUUGUCUGUGAUGUUAAAAGAAAUAAAAAGUUUGAGUUUGGUUAGGAAUUAUUGAUCUUGUGUCGGAGAAGCUUAUCUUUUGAAGACCUUCACAGCGGAGUGUGAAGUAUUUCCCACAUAGUGCCAUGCCUACUCAGAGCAAUUUGAAGGUAGAAGCAUGUACUGCUGGAGAAGUACACUCUACAAGUACAGUUCAAGUGUCAAGAACAGAUGUUUAUUCUUUGAUUUUAUUUCGUAUGUAAUUCCUUUUCCUGAUUUUAUAAAAGAGUCUGUUCCUAAUUUGCAAAUGGAUCAUACAGUAUUCGGACAUAUUUUUGUAUAAGUAUUUAUCAGAUAGUGUGUUUCAUCUUCAUUUAUGUGUCAUGGAAACAUUGCUUCAUAUUUUGCCUGUGGAUAGAUUUGGGUUAACUCAUACAACACUAAUUAUUUCUUUGAUAACUUUUUAUAUAAAGCAAUGUGAUAUUUAUGAAUGUUAAGCUCCAUUAGGCCUGAAAUAUGUAGUGAAUCCUGCUGCUACAAAUCACUCCAAUCAGGAGACCCAGGUUUAGCAAACAGAACCUACCUUGCAGCUACAAAACUUCCUUGCAUAUCAUCACAUGACAUUAGCAUUACUGUACAGCACAAUGUAACAUGAGGAAUGUUGUGGCUAGGUGAAAAAGCAAGUGGAAUUUGAGUAAGUAUUUUUGGUUAAGUUCAAGAGGAAAGCAUAUUAUAUUAUAUAGUUUAUUGUCAAAUUGUGAGAUGUACCUGUAUACUGUUUCCUGUCAAAAGAGGAUUUUCUUUAAUUAAUAUAUAUUGUGUAGUUAGUGUUGAUUGUUUAGUAUGAAGUCAUUGUAGCCACUAUGAAAAUAUUUAUACAUUGAACAUUACAUCAUUUGGAGUCAGUGAUAUACUGGUAUAUGUAUUACGGAUGUGAAGCCCUCGGUCACGGAACAGGUUGGGGGUCUGCAGGAGACCUUUGUUUGCAUUUAUUAAAUUCUGUUGUUUUGAGUCUCAAAAAAGGAAAUGGGUAAAAUAAAAAAAGGAUUAAAAGAAGUUCUCAUGUUUAUUGGUUGAAAGACAAGAAAUUAAAGGAAUUGAUGUGAGUGAUAAUUAAGAGUAAGAAGUUGCCUUUGCUUUUGGAGUUUUCAAACACCCCAUCAUCUAUACAUUUACAUGUUAACUGUUAUUCUACACACAGUAUCUUCUUCCUGUGGCUGUCAUUGGAAAUCGGAUGCUGUGGGUUUGUACGGAUAUUUUUGGAACCCUUUUGCUGAUCGGUUUUGAAAAGGACCAUAUGCAGAAUCAUUGUCAUUAUUAAAGAGGCUUAUCAA